UCCUGCGAUGGUCACCAUUGAACCGCCUUACAUUUUACAAUGUAUCACAAACCAAGCUUGUUAACCGGAGUCUGUUUAUCCUAUUAAUUUACUCUAUCCCAUUAACCUGCUGCCUUGGCGCCGCUGCAUGGAUAAGGGUACUACAGGGACUGGUAAUUUGGAGAAAUUAUGGAAAAGACUAAUGAAUCCACGAAGUUGGGGGGAAUAAUCAUUGUGCAUUGAUGGAUUCCCAAUGCAUUAUUAAUAACGGAUUAAUAUAUAACAAUGGAAACAAUUAAAUCUUAUUAAUCUCAUGAGAUCAUCUUUGACCAAAGACCUGAUGAAGGAACUUGCCAGGACCAGUAUGACUACAGCGGAGAUGGAUCUGCGUCUGCUGAGGGCGCACCAAUCAACCACUGCAACUUUGCCAAUUCUGAGCCCCACAGAAAAUGACACGACAUGCGGGAUGCAGAUUCUCAGCCACGGGAAUGUGGAGAAGGUUCUUAUCGGAGGAGUUCUCACUGUGCUCACUUUGCUCACCAUUUGCGGUAACUUACUUGUGGUGAUAUCCGUGUGCUUUGUGAAGAAGCUGAAGCAGCCCUCCAAUUAUCUCAUCGUCUCCCUGGCGGUCGCGGACCUGUCUAUAGCCGUGGCGGUGAUGCCUUUUGUCAGCAUCACGGACCUCAUCGGGGGACAGUGGAUCUUCGGACAGGUGUUCUGCAACGUUUUUAUUGCCAUGGACGUGAUGUGUUGCACUGCAUCAAUCAUGACCCUGUGUGUAAUAAGCAUAGACAGGUACCUAGGCAUAACUAAACCCUUGACCUACCCUGUGCGACAGAGUGGGAGAUGCAUGGCCAAAAUAGUUCUGUCUGUGUGGCUGCUGUCGGCCUCCAUCACCCUUCCCCCGUUGUUCGGCUGGGCCCAGAACGUCAACGACGACAAGGUGUGUCUAAUCAGCCAGGACGUGGGCUACACUAUCUAUUCCACCGCCGUCGCGUUCUACAUCCCCAUGUCGGUGAUGUUGAUGAUGUACUACAACAUCUACCGAGCGGCCAAGGUGAGUGCCGCCAAGCACACCAUUCAAGGCUUUCCCAAGGUGGAGGACGAAUGCAACAGUGUUGACUGCGUGGCCGCGGCCUUUAAGCUCCAGAAGGAGGUAGAGGAGUGCGCCAGUUUCUCUCGUCUGCUGAAGAACGACAGGAAGAACAUCUCCAUCUUCAAACGGGAACAGAAGGCGGCCGCCACCCUGGGCAUCGUGGUGGGGGCCUUCUCCGUCUGUUGGCUGCCCUUCUUCCUUCUGUCCACGGCCAGGCCCUUCAUCUGCGGGCCAGAGUGUAGCUGCGUUCCCCUCUGGGUGGAGAGGUUCCUGCUCUGGCUGGGCUACGCCAACUCCCUCAUCAACCCCUUCAUCUACGCCUUCUUCAACAGGGACCUGAGGACCACCUACCGUAACAUCCUACUCUGCAGGUACAGGAACAUCAACCGCAAACUCUCCGCCGCCAGCAUGCACGAGGCCCUCAAACUGGCUGAGAGACCAGAUCUGGUGAUCUAGCUAGAACAGUGGUUCUUAAACUUCUCGUUUCACUCACAGAGACCGGCAAGCUAUGGUUUGGAUGAAAAAUUGUAUUUGACAUUUGACUAAAUUGAGGCAGAUAACCCUCUGGACCAGUCAGCAAACAUUGCACUAGACUGAGUAAUCCUAUUCAGUUCAUGAGUAGAAGAAGGCUAUAUAAAUGUAUAGAAAAUAACUGUUAUUAUUGUUCACACCUGGCACACACAAGAACAUUAGCUCCACAUUUUGUCAGGUUAUUGGGACAGACCCAAACCAAGCGUCAGAUUACAAUCUUCCCUCAAUCAAUUAUUUUCAAUCGAGUGUUCUGAUAGGCAUUCUGAAUGGCUGUUCUUCUGCAUUUUAGAGCACACUGUCAGAAAUUAAAUGUUAGAUGACGGUGAAAUGCAGAGAACAUUUUUAGAUAGCAUGGCACACUCUGAUGUAUUGGAUGAAAGGACAAAUAAUAGGCUAUGGCUGUGGUAGGACAAAUGACGCCGUCAUGUUAUUUUGUUAGAUAUAUCACUGUGUAUUUGGUACUUGAAAUUGAAAAUCACACUCGAUGCAUAAAGUUUGUGUGAGAACUGUAUUU